AUACAGAGAAGUUGGUAGAGGAAAUUCGAGGGACACACACAGAGAUCAACAAUGGGGAAAGAUCUGAGCCAUGACCAAGUCUCAUCGAUGAAAGAAGCUUUCACGCUCUUCGACACCGACGGCGACGGCAAAAUCGCCCCGUCCGAACUCGGUAUCCUCAUGCGUUCUCUCGGUGGCAACCCGACCCAAGCCUUGCUCAAGUCGAUAAUCGCCGAGGAGAACCUGACCUCGUCUUUCGAUUUCAAUCGAUUUCUCGAUCUCAUGUCAAAGCACCUCAAGCCUGAGCCGUUCGAUCGACUGCUCCGCGACGCGUUCAAGGUUUUGGACAAGGACGGGACUGGGUACGUCGGCGUUUCGGAUCUCAGGCACAUUUUGACCUCUAUUGGGGAGAAGCUGGAUCCUGCGGAGUUUGAUGAGUGGAUCCGGGAGGUGGAUGUUGGGUCCGAUGGGAAGAUCCGGUAUGAGGAGUUUAUUGCCAGGAUGGUCGCUAAGUGAUGUGAUGUUGUGUUGGCUGUAUUGUUCGUGCGCAUGAAGAGAGGGGGCCUGCAUUUUCCUUUCCUCUUGUAGUCAGAACUUUUUUUUAAAAAAAAAUUGGAAAUCUUCUUUUUCAUUAUAAUUUUUCAGUUUUCAGUUGCUUGCUGUUGAUGAACAAUUUGUAUAGUACUCAAUGUUUUGUGUUUGUUGAAUUUUCUGUUGUGACAGUGUAGUUCAGUGGGAACUUGCCUCCUCCCCCGCCACCCCCUUCUCUGUAAAAUAUUUCAGGGCUAAACCAGCAUUGAACUCGAUCGUUUUCUUUUCUUGCUUGCAGAUACAGCUAUUACAGGUCUAAACCUUAAAGAAUGGACUUGCUGAUACCAUUGGGUUUAUCCCUCAGGUUUAAACUGGCUGAUCUGCAGGCUAAUUUAAUUUGAGACAUGGACUUCAUCUCCUGUUGGGAGGAUCUUUUCGGUCUUUGACAAACUUUUCAAUUGCUCUAAGCAUUUCAAUCAGUCAAGGGUCCGGGAGGGAAAUUCUAACAUGCUAUUGCUGUGGCUAAGUUAGCAUUUUUGGUCUUAAGCAAAUCAGUCUUACCCAGUCGUCUCUGCCCCUCUCUCUCUUGGUUUUGCAUUGAAAAUGAUGGGGUUUAUGCGUGCUUGUUGUUUGGAUGCACUCAAUGGCAAGCUGAAUUGGAAGGAAGCUGGAGACAUUCUUCUCGUCCUCGAAUAAGCACCACCUUUAUCAGCAAUUCUAGUGCCUAAUCAAAAGUAUAUCCUUAUUGAUUUUCCUUAUAUGAAGUGCCAUCAGUUUAAGUUCACUUCAUUCAACAUUAAAUCAUGGGGUCUCAUUAUGAAUUCCCGUGAAGUGUGGAUUCAAUAAAUUUAACGAUAGAUACUUGAACAUAACUGAAAUUGACGGCUUUUGAAAUUGAAAUUUUUGUAUACACAAAUUAGAAAAUUGUUGUGCAAGCAUUCUUUGUUGGUUGGCCUAUUUCCCUGGAAAAUGAAUGUCCAGUGUUCCCC